GCCGAAGAUUACACGUUGUUUCAACCGCCACUCGAAAACGUUUACAGCGAAGGAUAUUACUUGGAUCUGUUAUAUUGGUACGGGGACAUAGCGAGUCAGACACACCGAAUGAAUAGGCUGUAUGCUCAGGGACGACUACUCAUUGGUUUCUUUUUGCCACGAUCUUAUGAAGAAGAAUUGGUAAAUCCAUUAUCAAAAUUAAACGUGAUUGAAGCAUAUCGGAGUCGAUAUGGUAAAACAAGUAGUUCUUUUCACUUGGACGAAGAUUACGUUGCGCUUGAAGUAAUGAGCUAUUCGAUGCCAUACAUAACCACCUUUGGCCCUGGUGGCCUUUACAUCGGUGCAUUUUUGAAUCCUGUUUUAUCAGCAUUUAUCUAG